AUGGGGGUACUCAUGCUAUCUUGGCAAGCUAUGACGCUCCUCUGUAUUCUCUUGGGACUCUAUAUCUAUAGGACGGUCAUGACCGUGGCGAUACUUCGGGGGAAUUGCCACGAGUGGCAUGCAGAAGUCAACAAGAAAUAUGGUCCGGUUGCCCGAGUCGCUCCUCGAGUCCUGCUCACGUCCUCUCCCGAAGUUUGGAUGCAUGUAAACAACAAGCCUGGCUACAAGCGCUCCGAUUGGUACUAUAAAGCCGCAAGAAUCGAAUACCGGAGGGACAACGUCUUCAGUCAGACGGAUAACGCGAAGCACGAGCGACGGAGGAAGCAGAUUGCUCCUGGGUAUUCGGGAAGGGAGAAUAUCAACCUCGAGGGGUCGGUGGAUGAACAAGUCCAAGAUUUCCUGAACCUCAUCCGGUCCAAAUAUAUCUCGUCCGACCGCAGUGUUGUGCCUAUAGACCUAGCGAAGAAGGUUCAGUAUUUUACACUAGAUAUCAUUAGCAUCCUAGAUUCUCAAGCUCCCUUCAUCGGCAGAUUUAUUGCACCUUCACCUAAGGACAACAACGGCUUCGGUAAGAUGAUGGCUGCUUGCUUCCGCCUCGUCGACGAGCGCGCUACCAGCUCUACCAACGAACAGUCCGAUAUACUAGCCUCCUUCAUGCGCCAUAGCUUAGCAGGCGAUGAGCUACGCACUAAGGCCCUAGAGCAGAUUAUUGCGGGCUCCGACACCACUACUAGCGCCAUUCGUGGCACCCUUCUACACCUCAUGACGAAUCCUCGCGUCUACCUCAGGCUACAGCGCGAGGUCGACGAUGCCGCUGUGAUCUGCGAGGCUCUACGAGUCUGGCCCCCUGUUGCGAACAUCUUGCCGCGCGAUAUACCGACAGGUGGCGACACUAUUGUCGUCGAUGGCCAGAGCGUUUUCCUACCGGGCAGAAUCUGCAUCAGGUACUCAGCGUACGCUAUGCACCAGAGCGAGAAGGUCUAUGGCAAGGACGCAAAGGCUUUCCGGCCUGAGCGGUAG